ACAAGUUACAUGACCUACAUCCUUGUUAUUUGGCAUGAUCUUUCCCUCCCGUUAACGGGGAUCGCAUAGUUAACGGCGACAAACCGCAAUUAUUAAACCGAUAGCUCGACAGUAUAGCACGAGCAGUAUGGCGCUCAGCAUGACAAUCUCCUGUGGCAAGGCAAUGCGCCCUGGUCAGAUGCGUCAACAUAGGCGUGCGGUGAUGCCCCUUGCUUCCGUGCCGGUCCCUCCUCGCUCCGGGCUGCCCGCCGGCCGCCGUACCCGCCCCUUGUCGCAGCCGCCCGCCUCCAUCUCCCCGGCUGCCUCCACCGCGGUCCCCAGCCCCUACCUGGAGCAGGGCGGCCAGGACGACCCCGAGAUGGCCGCAUUCCAGCGGCAGCAGCAGGCCGCGCCGCGACCCAGCGCCGCGGAGGAGGCGCGGACCGUGCUGGACCAGGGCAAACACGGUGUGCUGUGCACCCUGAGCACCUCCCCCGACACCGCCGGCUUCCCCGCAUCCAGUGUGGUGCAGUUCGCAUGCGACGGCACCGGCCGCCCCCUCUUUGCCACCUCCUCGCUGUCGCCACACACCCGAGACAUGCUGGCAGACGGGCGCGUGUCGCUCACCGUCAAGUCGCCUUCCUUCCAGGGCAUGGAUUGCGGGCGGCUGACGCUGCAGGGUGUAGUGGCGCCGGUGGGCGAGGAGGAGAAGCCGCGACUGCGGGAGGUGUUCCUGAAGAAGUACCCCUCGGCCUUUUACGUGGACUUUGGUGACUUCCAGUGGUUUCGCUUGGAGCAGCUGGUGGCAGCGCGCUUCAACGGGGGCUUCGGGCGGGCACCUCGGCUGACGGUUGAGGAGUACCUGGCUGCCCGCCCCGACCCCGUGUACCCCUUCUCGGGGCCCGUGUGCGGCCACAUGAACGCGGACCACCAGGAGGACAGCAAGAUGAUGAUCAAGCACUACUGCGGGCUGGAGGUGGACUCCGUGCGCAUGCUGGACCUGGACCGCCUUGGGGUCAACUGCUGCGUAACCCGGCGGGGGCAGACCUUCAAGCUGCGUCUGCCGUUUCCGCACCCUGCUGAGGACCGCAAGUCAAUCAAGGAUGCGAUUGUGGAGAUGACCAAGAAGGCGAGGAGCGCGGCCGCCUAAAACGCGCGCACCCCGGGGGGCACCAAUUAGUAAGGCGCCCUUGCAAAGGUGGUUAGCAGGUUGGAGGGAGGUGCAUCUUGGGUUUCGAGCUUUCGUAGCGUGCUGGUAUAUAGUUUGCUGAUUUAAGUCGCUGUAGGGUGGAGUUGGGUAAAAGCGUCGUGCAUCGUGAAGUUGCUGAAGAGAUCAUGCAUGCAGGAUGGAUAUUGAGUUUUAUGUGUGAAGAGCAAUUGAGUAUGUGCGUCGACCGAUGCACACUGUACAUGGGUAUGAUGUUUCAAAAAUGUACUAAACUGCGGCUAUGAAGGUGUACGACACAGGACAGUUGUAGUGCAAAGCCACAUGCCAUCUACGGUCAACCCAUACGGCGUGAUUGUUGAACCAACAUACUUAAGGCAAGCGCCCAAACGGGCAGCCAGGUGUAAUAACGAACUACCGGUAUAAUGGGUCCACCGAAUAGCUACUGUACUCAUCAUACCGGUACCAGCCUACGCACGUGCCCAACGGACGUAAGGAAUCUCCGCCAUAAGCCAAACCAUACAGACUCUCUAUACGCACAUACAAUGACACGCCACGGCAGUGAAACAUA